AUGACCACACAAACACCAACCUUCACCAAACCCGACCGCCCGCUAACCUGGCUAAUAACGGGGUGUUCCUCUGGCCUGGGUCUUUCACUCGCACGCGCCGCCCAAUCAAACGGCCACACUGUACUCGCAACAUCACGACAACCCUCCCGCACCCCGGAUCUAGUAUCGGAGAUAACCAAGAACGGAGGCGAAUGGCACACACUGGACGUCGACAGUCCAACCGCUGCGUCGGAGCUGGUAUCCAAGCUCGAGUCUGCGGGACACAAGAUCGAUGUGCUGGUUAAUAAUGCCGGAUACGCGAUCCUUGGAGCAGUUGAGCAGUUCUCGGACGAGGAGCUGCGGGCACAGAUGGAGACUGUGUAUUUUGGACCGAGUCGGCUGAUCAAAGCUGUUGUGUCUGGGAUGAGAGAGAGGCGGUUUGGGGUUAUUGUUAAUGUUAGUUCUGGGGCUGGGUUGGAGGGGAGGGAGAGUAUGGGUGCUUAUGCGGCGGCGAAGGCUGCUAUGGAUGGUUUAUGUAAAGUGCUCGCUAAAGAAGUCGCGCCGUUCAAUGUCCGUCUCCUGACGGUGUGGCUGGGUGUGUUUAACACGCAGUUCGGAACUGGUUGUCGUUCUCCCGCUAGCCCUUUGCCGGUGGACUAUGCUGGAUCUGUCGCUGCGCAGACGCUGGAUGUUUUACUGACUGGUAAGCUUGUUGCUGAUGGUGAUAAGAAUAAGGCUGCCAAGGCGAUGUAUGAAGUUGUCGUUGGUGAGGGCGUUGGUGUUGGGCGUGAGAGCGAGAGGUUCUUGCCUUUGGGUCGGGAUAUGAUCCCUCGUGUUGAAUUAGUGCGUGAUCGGCUGGUUCAUGCACUGGAUGUGUUUGGGGAUAUUACUAGGAAUGUCUAUGUUGAAAAGGAAUGA